GGGCCCGAGCGGCGCUCGGGGCGGUGGCGGCGGCGGGCACUCGGCCCGGCCCGCAGGAGCAGCAGCAGCCAUGCCCGAACAAGCAGUUGCUGUGGCUGGAGGUAUAACAGGAGGAAUCCUUUUCUUUGUUCUCCUUGGAAUAACGGCGUAUCUGCUCUGGAAAAAAUUUUCCCGCCUCUUUUCUUAUGAAAAGCUCAUCAAUCCUGUCAAAACAACAAAUGCAAAUGCCAUUUUCCACGACCAGGCAAAUUCUGAAAUUCAACUAAAAAGCACAAGAUCCAGAAGUGUUCCAUUUAUCAUUCCACCAACACUGCAUGGGCGAGACUGGAUUCACCUGACAAAUGAAGAACAGGUUCAGGAAGACAGGGACCCCUACAUGACCCCUCAGUCUGGGCCACGCUCAUCAUUUCAUUCUUUGGCUGGAGCUUAUGUUGUGGGGACCAUUAACCCAGAUCUGUACAAGUUUCCUGAAGACAAAAGCGAAACAGAUUUUCCUGAUGGCAACAUUGGCCGCCUCUGGUUCUCCAUAGAAUACGAGCAGGAGUCAGAAAGGCUCCUUGUCUCCUUGAUCAAAGUCAGAAAGCUGCAGCCUCCUGCUGAUUCCUGUAGUUCAUUUGUGAAAAUCUACCUGCUGCCUGAUGAAAGAAGCUACCUGCAGUCCAAAACAAAACGUAAAACUCUUAACCCGCAGUUUGAUGAAAACUUUGUUUUCCAGGUUUCCAGUAAAAUGUUGCUCCAAAGGACUCUAAAGUUUUUGGUUUAUCAUGUUGAUAAACAGAAGAAGCAUCAUCUCCUAGGCCAAGUUAUCUUCCCACUAAAAAAUGAAGCAUUAACCGAGGACAACAAACUAGUCAUAUGGAGAGAUCUGGAGAAAGAAAACUUGGAGCCUCCUUCAGAGCAUGGUGAUAUCCAGUUCUCCCUGAGUUACAAUGACUACCUGGGCCGUCUCACUGUGGUGGUUCUGAGGGCAAGGGGAUUAAAGCUCCAGGAGGAGAGCCCUGCUGUUGGUGUGUAUGUCAAAGUCUCACUAAUGAACCACAAUAAAUUCAUCAAAAGUAAAAAGACAGCCACUCUUCUGGGAACUCCCAAUCCUGUGUACAAUGAAACCUUCAGUUUCAAGGCAGAUCAGACAGAGCUGGAUACAGCAAGCCUGAGUCUAUCUGUGCUCCAGAGUAACAAAGGAGAAAGUAAAAACACUUCUGCUGGGGCGAGUAGCAGUUGGGCCUUUCAUGUACACACGUGGCAAAGAACUGGAACACUGGAAUGAGAUGAUCAGCAAGCCCAAGGAACUGGUUAAACGAUGGCAUGCUCUCUGUCACAGCAUGUGAACAGCACUGAGAAAAAAAACCUUAACAUGGAAAAGCUCUUACUAUCUUUCUCAUCUAAAGGGUACAAAAAUCUUUGCUAAGAUUUUGUAUCCAAAGUAGAAAACAAUAAAAUAAAUUAUUUCCUUAACCAAACACAAAUAAAAGAUUUGGUCCCUGGUAGA